GGUGCCUGUUGCCAGGGGUUUGACUGUCUACUGCAAAGGUAGUUUGUAUGAUAUUUGGAAAAGAAGAAUGAUAUCAGAAUGAUUUCUACGAGAAGGGUGGCAGAAAGAUAUCCGUUGCAUUAUUUGGUUUGGUAUAACAAAUACAAGGAGCUGGAAAAGGAACUUAGCACCAAGCAGGUUGACACAGAACAGCUUGACCCACGAGGUCGGACUCCAUUGCACCUUGCUGUUACACUUGGAUUCCUGGAGUGCACAAGAGUCUUGUUAAAGCAUGGCGCUGAUGUUAGUAAAGAGAAUCACAAUGGAUGGACAGGUCUCCAGGAGGCUGUAAGUACAGGGGACCUGGAGUUAGUGCAACUUGUUCUUCACUACCGUGAUUACCAAAGAUCUAUUAAACGACUAUCAGGGAUCCCAUGCCUAUUGGAGAAACUCCGCCAGGCACAAGACUUCUAUGUUGAAAUGAAAUGGGAGUUUACAAGCUGGGUGCCCCUGGUCUCCAAGAUCUGUCCAAGUGACACGUACAGGGUUUGGAAAAGUGGACAGAACCUGCGGGUGGACACCACGUUACUCGGCUUUGAUCACAUGACCUGGCAACGAGGAAAUCGUAGUUUUGUCUUCCGAGGACAAGAUAACUGCGCAGUUGUAAUGGAGAUUGACCAUGACCGGCAAAUGGUUUACUCAGAGACUCUGUCACUGGCUAACUUUGACCAUGACAUGCUGUUGGCUGCCGUGCAGCCCUCAGAAGAGCAAGUGGCAAGCCGUCUCACCACUCCCAUCGUUACCACCCAAUUAGAUACCAAGAACAUCUCAUUCGAAAGAAAUAAAUCUGGAAUCCUGGGCUGGAGAAGUGAGAAGACUGAAAUAAUAAACGGAUAUGAGUCCAAGGUUUAUGGAGCUUCCAAUGUGGAACUCGUCACCAGGACAAGGACAGAGCACCUGUCAGACCAGAACAAGAGUAAAAGCAAAGGGCAUCGGCGACACAAACCUGUUUCAACAGCGUCCAGUCUGUUGGCGCACCAACGAGUUAUCCCAUCGAGCAGCCAGAAGAUCAGAAGUAGUAAAACUCCUCUCCAGUCAUUCCUGGGCAUUGCAGAGCAACAUGUUGGACCACACAAUGGGGCCUUCAUUACUCAGACAUUCAGCAAUACCAAUCCAACAUCCAUUACUCCAGAGGAAUACUUCAACCUAAACUUUGAACUGGGAAAUCGCGAUAUUGGACGUCCCAUGGAACUCACCACAAAAACACAGAAAUUUAAAGCAAAGCUCUGGUUGUGUGAGGAUCAUCCACUGUCUCUCUCAGAGCAGGUAGCUCCCAUCAUUGACCUCAUGGCAAUAAGCAACGCACUUUUUGCUAAACUUAGGGACUUCAUCACUCUUCGGCUGCCGCCAGGAUUUCCAGUCAAAAUAGAGAUUCCAAUUUUCCAUAUCCUGAAUGCUCGUAUCACCUUUGGGAACUUGAAUGGCAGCGAUGAACCAGUGAACUCCAUCAGAAACAGUCCUACCAGUGAGGCCCCAUCUCCCAGCAGUGACACUUCCAGUGUGAGCAGCUCCAGCUCCAUGACUUCAUGUCGUGGCUGUGAUAUGGAUCCAGCACUCUUUGAGGUGCCCAGAGGCUACACUGUAGUUGGCAGCAAUCGAGAUUCCCUGAGAGAGGAGGAUGACGACCUCUUGCAGUUUGCAAUUCAGCAGAGUCUGCUUGAAGCGGGCACUGAAUACGAUCAGGUGACCAUCUGGGAAGCAUUGACCAAUAGCAAGCCAGGGACACGGCCUAUGACCUGUGAGGAGAGGAAUGGAGAAAGAACCCCACAACACAACAACAUUCUCAGUCAGCCCAGCCCCCAACACAUACCCAACAAUCAACUCUACCCCAACUAUGAUGAGCAGUUGCGACUCGCCAUGGAACUCUCUACGAAGGAGCAAGAGGAAGUCGAGAAACGAAAACAGCGGGAGGAGGAAGAAUUGGAACGCAUUAUUCAACUUUCACUCACUGAGAAAUAGUAUCACCGCUAUUCCUUAAUCCUUCUUUCACAAGAGUUUUUUUUAAAUAUUAAAACAAGUCAAAAGUUAAAAGACAGUAUGUAAGGUCACCAGUCCAUGCAUUACCAUUGGGAACAAAAGAAUGCCAAGAGAAAAUCAAAGUUGAAGGCUGAUUUACAGCAUUGAAAAUGCAACUUUAAGAUAUGCCUGAACACCCCACACUUUAUUCUACUGUCUUUCACAUAACUCUUGUAUACGAUUCAAGAAUAAUAAUGAUACAACAGUUUUGUUGUCACAACAUUGAUUGGCAGAUGGUUACGGCUAAAUUUUCUUUCAUUGGAAAAUGAUAAGUAGAUCCUUGUCCAUGUAAAUUUAAAUACUUACAGGGAAUUGGUAUAUUGUUCGGAAAUUGUUCCAAACAAUAUUCCGAAAUUGUUCUUGCACCUAUAUGGUGUAGAUUUUCAUGGUGUUCAUUAAGAAAGCUUAAAGCCCAUGCCCUCCUGACUAACUUGGCAGCUAGCAAUGAUCACUAGCAAAACAAUAGGUUGUCUAAGUCCAACUUGCAGCAAAUACAGAAUAUUAUAGCACAAUUUCUUCUAAGGACACUUGAAAAUGGGAAGUGAAAUGUCACAGCAGUACAGUAGAAGAUGGUACAUAGUAUUUGUCAUUAUCAGUGUAGAAUCACUGCACUGUGCACCUUGCUGAGAAUCCAACAGCUUUAAUCAAUUGUUGAUUUCAAAAUGGACCAAACUGUAACUGCCGUAGAACGUAGACCAGAGUGGCACAAAACCAAAAUUAGAUUUAAGUUGGGUUGAAAUGGAAAGUGCAGUUUAAUAUCACAAUAUGUUGGCCAUCCCUUGAUUCUGUGAACAAUGGAUUACACUUCCAUUGAUGCCAAGCCUUCCUUAAUCUUCUCUUUCCUUGAAAAGGUAAUGCAAUGAGAGUAAUUUACUAAGUCUCUGGAGAGUUUAGUGAAAGUGAGUACUAAAAGAUGAAGGUGAGUACUAAAACAUCCUAGCUCCAAAAACUCUGAGUACCAAUUCUUAGAAUAAUUUGAAUUUGUUUCCUAUAAUUCCAGUCUGGAAUUUUAGAUUCUAAAUCAGGGGUCAAAAUUUUCCUGAAAUGUUAUUUUUAGUUCUAUUUCACUCAUCAGACAGAUUAGUCUUAUUAUUUACCUUGACAGUUGACAAUGGCUUUCCUAGUUUUUGGAUCAUGUAUUCCUUAGGGAUUUAAUGGAGACAACAUUAGAAUUAGUUAAUGUAUUGCAGAAAUACACACUAUCUGGAUUUGCACAAAAUGUUAGCUUUUUUUUGUUGAUCAUCUGAUCUAAUGCAAUUAUCAUUGAUUUCCAUUCCCAAAGCAAAACAUAGCAGUAGAGCAUGCAACCGUUUUAUAGUGUAAGGUUAAUCUACAGUUCACGACACAAUACACUUUGUUGAAAAUCCAACAGCUUUAAGCAGCUGUUGGUUUUGAAGUGGACUAAAUCUUAAUGAUAGGACUUUGAACUUGCUGUUUGGUGUUAAAACGAAGACCAGUGGAGCACAAUAAAGAACUAGAUUUCAGUCAGGUCAGAGUGGAAAGCACAGUCUAAUGUUCCAUUAUGAUGGCUAUGCCUUGAUUACGUGAACAAUGAUUUACACUUCCAUUGUUGCCAGGUCUUGCUUCACUUCCCUUCUUUGAAUAGUUAAUGCAGUGGGAGUAAUUUACUUAGUUGCAGUGGAGGGCUUUGUGAAAGAUGUUGGCAGUUCUUGGUGGAGUGACCAUUUGACUUAACACAGUUGAAAAUGUAUCUGAAAAUUGUGGUUUUGAUGAUUAAUCACCUUAUAUGCUGAGGUUCAGGAUUGGGGUAAUAGCUGUACAGCCAGGGAAUACAAGGAAAGAUACAUAGGAAAAGAAAGCAAGAGAGGGCAGAAAUGUACUUUGUCUUCUUGUGAAUCAUUCCAUGUAAUGUCUUUGAAUAUUAGUGUGAUCAAUAGAAUUACAUUUAUAGGACUGGAACACAUUUCACAUCUUAUAUUGAUGAAAAAUUCAUUGAAUCAUAAACUGUAGGGAUACUUAUGGCUUGUAUUGUCACUACACAAUUAUUUUCAGAAGUACAUUUAUUACAGUGUUAUUAAUCAGAAUAAGAAGUCUAUCUAUGGUUUCAAUGAGGGAUGUGUUACAUUUCAGCAAUUGGUAUUAGGUGUCAUAAAACUUUAAGUCCAUUAGAUGACGAUAAAAAUUCUCUGUGGAAAAAAAUAGAUUAGUGAUGAUAUGACUGCAAGAUUCAGAGUUUAACCAAAUAGUGGUCCAUUCAUGGUGAUAUUGAGUGAUUGUUGUCACCCAAGAAUAAACAGUUAAUCAUUUAUCAGAAAGUUUCACUGAUUUAAUCCCAUCUUCCGAAGAUUUCAUUAGUUUUAUCGAGGCCCCUGCAUGUGUCGUCCAUCAGCAUCCCUGUAACAUCUGCAGUGAAAGAAAAUGACCCAGUUGAAAGAACUGCUUAAUAGAAGAGAUUAUAAUGCUGCUAGGGAUAGAAAGGUUUCUUUAGCCAUUGAAGUCAAUGGAAGUGAAUAUCAUAAGGGGAAUGCAGCAGGCAGCUGAUACUAUGGCAACCACUAAGCACCAGUGAAUGAAGUUGAAUAUAUAGCAAGUGAACAUAUAUCCCAUGAAAAGCAGGGAUGGAGUGUGCAUGGAAACAGCAGGUGGGGGCAGGGGAAUGAAAAAUGUCCAUGUUAGUAGUAACGAUGGAAGAAAUAUCCUUGCUUGUUAUCCUUAAGCAGGAACUAGAACGCCCACCCAUUGCAUUCUCCCAUUGUGUUCAGUUCCACUGAAGUGAAGGGAUUGUAAUGCAUCCCAUCCCCAUUAACAGUACUUAGAGAUGAAUUUCUACCCUAAUAUUUUUACACUUGAGACGAACCCUUGAAACACAUGAUAUGAAGGAGUUUGAAAGGAAUUUAGAGAUGUAUAGAGAAGGGACGAGGGAGAAAUUAUUCAGUCAGUGUGGUGAUAUAUUGAAAAGGAACAAACUGGUUGGAACUAAUGACAUUUUUCUCAUUCCUAAACAUUGUGGGAUUUUCAAUUUUGCAGUAAUUAUGGGCUUAAUCAUUUCAGAUGGUUCAUUAUUUCAUUCAUAAAAUUAGAUCAAUUUUAACGAUAAAAUUUCACCUUAAAAUAAAAGACAGUAGAAUAAAGGUAAAUCCUAAAUAAGUGGUUAUAGAUGUUUUUGAGUUGUGUUGAUUACAUGAUGCGUACUUCCAUAUUUUAUAAAGGGAUUGUUCCCAAAUUAGUACAUGAUCCCUGUGUUUCACACAGACCUUUGGGACCAGCACCAGGAGCACAGUAAAUUGGUCUAUCGAUCUUCUCGGGAUAAGAUCAGUGAAUUGUGGGACCAUUAGUUUUCCCUGAUUCAAUUUCUUAGUCAAUGUCUAUUAAAAAAAAUUACUGUAAGGUUUAAAUUCCACUAAGUACGGUACCUGCAUGAUAAUACCUCGGCAGAGGGCCCAAAAAAAUACUCUGAAAUUUCUACUCACUUCAUGCUGCCCCUGAGUGCUCUUUUAAAUGUGCUUCAGGCUGAUGUUUUCUGUCACUUUCUGCCAUUCCCCAAGUGACAUUUUUCAUUUCAUCUCUGCCAAAGUGAAACAUGAGGUGUGAUUGAUAGCUACACUUUAAAAAAACACGGAUGGAUGAUUUUCAGUAGAGUUUCAAACAUUUGACUUUCACAUACUGAAAGGGAAUGCAAAGUUCAAAACAGUUUGUGCUAUUUUACUUUUGUGCUGCUAUUAUGUCAGGUAUGUAAAUGGAGUAUUUUGGUCUACAUUGAGUUGUACGAGGGCCCUCUGAUGUGGCAUUAAGCUUUCUAAGUAGAUUUAUAAAUCUUUCGAACUCCAUCAUUUUUCGUGUGCCAUACCUGCAGGUCCCAAUGAAUACUGCAUUUGGGGUUAAUGGUCUCAUUAUGGGGAUCAGGAAGAAUUGUUCUGGUUGCAGGCAUCGUAAAUGAAUGAAUAAUGUUUUUACAUUAUUGACCAGAACGAUUAUAUUUUCCUUUCCCAUCCCACCCUACGGGAACAGAUGGGUAACAACUGCUCACCUUGCAGCAUAGUGUACCCCAGCAACAAUCCUUCAUUUAUACAG